UGCUUCCAUCAUCUCAGGCGAAGUGCAAUUGAAUCUUGAGAAAAUCUUGCGAAAAAAGUGUUUGUUUUUUUACUUUUUUUUUGUUAAUUGUCUUUUAGUCAGUUCUAACUAAUUUGUCCUGCAAAGCAUUUAAUAAUAAAAGCGCAUUAGUUGCACACUUUAGGAUGAAAGUUUUGAUCCUUUUCGGUUUGUUUGCUGCAACCGCUGCAGCACCUGGCCAUUUAUUUGGUGGUGGCAUCGGAUACGGUGGUGGCAUCGGAUACGGUGGCGGUAUCGGAUAUGCGGCGCCAGCUGUCAGUUAUGCUGCACCGGCCAUUGCAGCAGCUCCGGCCGUGAGUGUGGCUGCUGCGCCAGCUGUCAGUUAUGCUGCACCGGCCAUUGCAGCCGCACCCGCCAUUAGCGUUGCCGCUGCUCCAGUAGCAGUGGCUGCCCCAGCCAUUAAAGCUGUAGCUGCCGCUCCCGCCGCUGUAGCGGUUAAAGCCAUACAAGUUCCACCCAUGACUACAUACACAUCUUACAAAACCUUUAUUCAACAUCCUCCCACCAUAACUGUAGCUCGAGUGGCUGUGGCUGCUGCGCCUGCGGUAGCAGCCGCUCCCGCGGUCAGUGUGGCAGCUGCACCGGUUGCCGUGGCCGCUCCUGCCCCAGCAAUAAGUGUGGCCGCCGCUCCUGUCGUGGCCGCUGCCCCAGCUAUAGCUGCUGCACCUGCUAUCUCUUUAGGUUACGGCGGUUAUGGUGGAAUCGGCGGUAUUGGCGGUUUCGGCGGCUAUGGUGGUUUUGGUGGUUAUGGCUAUGGCAAGCACAAAUAA